GAUCAUGUUGUGCAAAACAAAAAAACGUUGUUCAAGAAAACGUUCAUUGACAGACAAACUAAAGAGACCUCAGAGAAACUCCUCCAUCUCAUCAUGUCUUUAGGGCUUCCGGCCUGUAGGUGGCGAUGCAGUCCGCGCCGCCUAGGAAUUACGUCACUUCCACCAAAACAAAUAAGGAGGCAGCUGACUCUGAAACUUUCUAAAACGAAUACGAAUGAAAACUGAGACAACGUGCAGGUCGGUUCAGCAUGAACACCGCUCUGAAGCACUGGAAGGAGGCGGCCACCCUCAUUGUAGCCGCAGGACAGCGCUUCGCCGCGGACAGUAGUUUGCUGUCAAGGACACCGCAGACAGCCGCUCCGGGUCCAGGUCCAGGUGCAGGUGCAGGUCUAUUGCAGGGCAGAGGGGAUGGACGGUCACACCUGCCGCACACGUCCUGCUUCGACUACAACGUGUUGCUGCUCAAAAGGAGCAGUAAAAGUGGAUUCAUGCCCAACGCGCACGUGUUUCCUGGCGGCAUGUUGGACUCUUCGGACUUUUCGAGUGACUGGUUGGACAUUUUCAAAUCUUUCAGCAGCUCCCCUAAUUUUGGCUUAAGAGGUGUCAAACAGCCGGCGGAGACCAGACCCCCAAUCUUUGCCACAGACCGACUGAAACUGGGCUCCCCCAUCCCGGGAGAGGUCGCCCUCCGGAUAUGCGCCCUGAGGGAGACCUUUGAGGAGUCCGGUGUCCUGCUGGCUGUGUCUAAGCUGCAGGAGACGACUUUGUUAGAAAGCUUGAAGGGGGAGCGUCUCAGCGAGCACUACAAGGUGAACGGCCUGUGCAGAGAUGAGCUCUCCAGGUGGAGGGCCCUGGUGAACCAGGACCCCUCCAACUUCGUCAGGAUGUGCAGAGAGCUGCAGGUGUUGCCCAACAUCUGGGCUUUACACGAGUGGGGCAACUGGCUGACCCCAGUGGGCAGAUACGGCGUGACGAGGUUUGACACCGCCUUUUUCAUCUGCUGCUUGCAAGAGACUCCGCACACACUUCAGGAUGAAAAGGAAAUCGUGCGAUUUCAGUGGUCCACGCCCUCCGAGGUCCUGCAGAGCUACCAGGCACGGGAGUUAUGGAUUGCGCCUCCGCAGUUCUACGAGCUCAGCCGCAUGUGCCGCUUCCCUCUGCUCCGUGACCUCCACAACUUCUCCCGCCAGCGCGCCACAGAGGGCUGUGAACAGUGGCUGCCGGUGGUUGUCUUACAAGAUGAACGCUACAUGUCACUUCUACCAGGCGAUAAACUCUAUCCAGUGGACGGUGCAGGAGAGACUGGUGAGGUCGGUAAGAGCACAGACCCUCAGCUGAAGGAUCUUCCGGAGGAUUCUGCACUGCACCGCUUUGUGGUCUCAGAUCCGUAUACUGCAAGUCUACAAGUCACCAUCACACCCAAGUACAAACACCUGCUCCCCGUUGUGGAGCCACCUGUAUCACGUGACUCAAAAAGUCAACUUUAACCGGAAACUCCUCCUGAUCCUGUGCAAUCCUAUAAUGUAAAUUCACAAAUGAAGAUUUAUUAACUAUUUUAUUAUCAAACAGUGUUGUUUGUAACGGCAACCUCAUGUACCACCUAUGAUAGUAUCAUAUUCUUUUUUUUUUUUGGGUUGAUAAGCUGGUUUUCUUGGGAAAAAGACCCUGGUCCGAUAUAAUAAAUGCGUAAGUAAAAGAUGAAUUAAUUAAUUCAUAAAAGCCUUAUUAUGCAGAGGAAUACUUUUUUUUAUUUAGGUUUUAUGAGGUACUCAUUUCUUUUUAAGGGCCCAAGAGGUGAGACAGCCACUACUGAACAGUUAAGCUGAUUCUAUUUAUAAAAUAGUUUCAUUACAGUUUGACCUUUUUAUUACUGUCUGCUGUGUCAAACCUGUUGUCUAAAAUGCAGCAUUGAAAUACAUAAAAAAAUGGUUUUCUCCUUAAAA